AUGGAGAUCCCCAUAAUUCAAGACCCUCUACAUAUCAUUCGCAACCUAGCCCUUGAGUGCAGCGAAAUCUUUGAGAAAAUCUGGCGCGACUGCCAGAAAUCACUGGUUUUACAGUCAGCGACCGUUGAGCCUCUGUACCCAGAAGAAGAAUCGGAUUUCCCCUUUCGAUUUCGUCACUUCAACUUUGCCAGGACUCGAGAUGAUUUCGACUUCUGGAUACAAAUUAUCGGGCUGCAAUCACCUGAGCCGUGGUCAUUUGAUUUCAAGACAGAGGGGACAUUAGACCUUUCAAACGAGAUAGUAUCCUGUUUGGAAAUGAUUUCAAGAGCCUUAAAAUCAGUUUACAACCGUCCUGAAAAGGCUUUGCUUGUACCAACCCUAGAAUUUAGCAAGAUUUUCAUGGAAACUGCUGUGAAAGUACACAGAGCCGUGGACAAGCUAUAUGACUUGGGCGAUACAUUCCGAACUCAAUGCGUUGUUGCAGAGAAGGGCAAGUUGGAUCCAGAUCAGGAUGCGUUGGGAAUCGAAGAGCGUCAUAUGCGCUUUCACCGCAUUCACCGCUUCGGGCGCGUACCAUCCGACUCUCAAGGGCCAAAAAUGAAAUAUUUUUUGAAGUUUUACUAUAUCGAGCAGCUAGCUUCUGUGUUGAAUGGGAAGUGA